AUGAACAUAGUUAGUUUAAAUUGCAAUGGGCUUCACAGUUAUUCUUCCAAAUUCCCCUCCUUUGAAGAUAUGCUUGAUUCAUUCAACGCCGAUAUUAUCUGUCUCCAAAAAAUCAAGCUUGCACGAGAAAAGCUCCAGCCAGAGCUCAUCAACCUAAACCGCUAUUACGCUUUCUACCAAUUUUCUCAAAGCAAAACUGCAAACGGAGGAGUCGCCACUUUUUGCAAAAAAGAUACAGCAUGCCCUGUCUUUGCAAAAGAAGGCUUCUUGCAGCCUGAAAACAAUAACCAUGACUUAGAAGGCCGGUGCCUUGUCACAGACCACCAAGAAUUUGUAUUAUUCAAUGUUUAUUUCCCAACUAAUGGCAAUGGUGAAAGAAUUCCUUUCAAGUCUUGGUUUUUCUACAUAAUUCAAUAUGAAAUGGAAAAGCUUGUCAGCGGAGGAAAAAACGUAAUUUUAGCGACUGAUUUAAGUUUUUCGCAUCAUGAAAUUGACCAUUAUGACCCGGACUCAACCUUAGCAGAAAUGGGGCUUGAUUCAUUUAAUGAGCACCGAGGACGGCAAUGACUCACAAUUUUAUUAUCUUCUGACCGAUUUUUUGAUGCAUAUAGACUAUUGUAUACAAACCAAAAAGGAUAUACAUACUACAAAACCCCUGAAAUGAAAGCUGAAAACAAAGGCUGCAGGUUGGACUAUUUUAUAGUUUCAAAAAAAAUAGCUGAUCAAUAUGUAGAAGACCUAAAAAUUUUGCCUCAUAAAAUCCCAAGCCUGCCUUCUGACCAAGUUAUAGGUCACUGCCCUAUAAAAUUAACCUUAUCUAGCUAUCACAGUGCAAUCCCAAGUGAGCCACCUACAAGUUGUGCAAAAUUUUAUAAUGAAUUUUCCUUUGAGAAGCAUAGAAGUUUAAAUAUGUAUUUUCAAGGUGAAGAAGCCAAAGAAAUUUGUAAAAAAGUCAAAAGGUCAGGGGUUGAGCCAGAAAAUACCAAAAAUAAUGAAAAAUUUAAUAAGAAAUUUGAGAUGGAUGGAGUGGAACUUUGCACUCAUGGGGAACCUGCUAUUGUACAAGAAGUCAAAAAAGAAGGCAAAAAUAAAGGAAGGCCUUUUUUUACAUGUGCAAGACCUCCUGGACACCCUAGAGACCCUGAAGCUAGAUGUGGGUUUUUUAAAUGGGCUGAUGAAAGCAAGAGUGCCCCAGUUUGUGAACAUGAUAUGCCUGCAGUUGUAAGAAGAGUACAAAAAGAGGGGGCAAACCAUGGGAAAUGAUAUUAUAGAUGUCGAAAAAAUAUGAAGCAAGGGCAAUGCGGAUUUUUUAAGUGGGCUGAUGCUUUGAAUAACCAAAUGAGAAAUGAUAAAAAACGUCAGGAACCAAAAGAUGAAUAA